CAAUGCUGGCUGUGGACUAGGUAAAUUGGAAUAUGAUGAUACUCCAGUUUGGAAUCGUGGUGCUCAGUAUCCUGGCCAGGAACUCCUUGGGUAAUCCUGAUGCCAAGAGAUUAUAUGACGAUCUUCUCUCUAAUUACAAUAGACUGAUACGUCCUGUGUCUAAUAAUACUGACACUGUUGUUGUCAAGCUGGGACUGAGAUUGUCACAGCUUAUUGAUCUGAAUCUCAAGGAUCAAAUACUCACCACCAAUGUCUGGCUUGAGCAUGAAUGGCAGGAUCACAAAUUCCAAUGGGAUCCUUUAGAGUAUGGUGGGGUCACUGAACUUUAUGUACCCAGUGAACACAUAUGGUUACCGGAUAUAGUCCUGUACAACAAUGCCGAUGGUGAAUACGGUGUGACAACCAUGACGAAAGCUAUUCUACACCAUACCGGAAAGGUUCUCUGGACACCACCAGCCAUUUUUAAGUCCUCCUGCGAGAUCGACGUACGAUAUUUUCCAUUUGAUCAGCAAACGUGCUUCAUGAAAUUCGGUUCCUGGACCUACGACGGUUUCCACAUCGACCUGAAGCAUAUAAAUCAGAACAUGGGCGAUAACAACGUCAAGGUAGGAAUUGACCUCAGGGAAUAUUAUCCAAGUGUGGAAUGGGAUAUACUGGAUGUCCCAGCAGAAAGACAUGAGAAAUAUUAUCCCUGCUGCCACGAGCCUUACCCUGACAUUUUCUUUAACAUUACCCUAAGACGUAAGACCCUCUUUUACACUGUUAAUCUAAUAGUCCCCUGCGUAAGCAUUUCCUAUCUAUCAGUGCUAGCAUUUUAUCUGCCAGCAGAUUCCGGUGAGAAAAUAGCACUCUGCAUUAAUAUUCUCUUAUCCCAAACCAUGUUCUUCCUUCUGAUAUCAGAAAUCAUCCCAUCAACAUCAUUAGCACUGCCAUUGCUAGGCAAAUACCUUCUCUUCACAAUGAUACUAGUAGGGCUCUCCGUAGUGAUAACAAUUAUAAUACUGAAUGUGCACUAUCGAAAGCCAAGUACUCACAAAAUGGCACCUUGGGUGCGGAUAGUAUUUAUAAGAAAACUGCCAAAGUUAUUACUCAUGAGAGUGCCAGAUGAUCUGCUCAAUGAUCUAGCAGCACAUAAGAUCCAGGGUCGUGGAAGAUCCAGCAGCAAGAAGAAUAAAUUCAACGCCGCCGUUGCAGCAGCAGCUCAGUCGUCAUCUAUAGUAUCAUCACCGGAUUCAGCAAGGCAUCAAGGUCUAGGAGGAUGUAACGGACUUCAUACCACCACUGCUCACAAUAGAUUCCUGGUGGGUAGUCUUGGCGGAUACAAUGGCCUCCCCACAGUAAUGUCUGGACUUGACGAAUCUCUGAGUGAUGUAACGCCUAAGAAAAAAUAUCCCUUCGAAUUAGAGAAGGCUCUUCACAAUGUAAUGUUUAUCCAGCAUCACAUUCAGCGACAAGAUGAAUUCAAUGCGGAAGAUCAAGACUGGGGCUUCGUAGCUAUGGUACUGGACCGUCUCUUCCUCUGGAUCUUCACAAUAGCCUCGAUCGUUGGCACCUUCACAAUCCUCUGCGAAGCACCAGCUCUCUACGACGACACCAAGCCCAUAGACAUGGAACUCUCCUCCGUAGCUCAACAACAAUUUCUACCACCAAAUCAAAGUUUCUUAGGACACUAGGAUAAUCGGUUAUACGCUGAUACAUUAUUAUAGCAUAAUUUAGAAUUGUCAGUGAAGAAACGAAACGUUAAUACAGUUAAAAAUGUUUUUAUCCAUUCAAUUUUUCUUCUUAUACCGGAACAAACAAUCGAGGGUGUAAAAUGAUAGCCAUUUGAAUCACUAAUAAAGCAGAAGAUAACCGUAA